GGCAGGAAGACGUUGCGGAGCCUUCAAUCCAAAACAUCAGAAGGAGGAAAUUCGGAGGUCAUCGCUGCAUCGCCGCUAGUGUCUGGCUAGCAGUCUGCGUUCGUGCUUUAUAAUGGCCAAACAUCACCCAGAUUUGAUUUUUUGCAGGAAACAGGCUGGAGUCGCCAUUGGAAGACUAUGUGAAAAAUGUGAUGGCAAAUGCGUUAUCUGUGACUCUUACGUCAGGCCUUGUACACUAGUUCGUAUUUGUGACGAAUGCAACUAUGGGUCUUACCAAGGGCGCUGUGUCAUUUGUGGAGGUCCUGGAGUAUCUGAUGCCUACUACUGCAAAGAGUGCACCAUCCAGGAGAAAGACAGGGAUGGCUGCCCCAAGAUCGUGAACCUCGGCAGCUCGAAGACUGACCUUUUCUAUGAGAGAAAAAAAUACGGCUUCAAGAAGAGGUGAAGAAACAAAGGGAUUUUCUUUGUCACAGUUUUUCCAUGCAAGAGUUUUCCAUUUUGUUAUCACGUUGUUACAAUACAUUUUUUAAUGCUGUGAUGUUGAUUAUGCUGUUCUGUUUGAUUUUGAUACUUCUAAUACUGCAUACUUAUAACCUGCAGUCUUCUAGUAUUUACCUGGCUAUUGACAACCUUUAAAUUUUUUCAUUAUUAGAUGAUUAGAUGCUUGUAAGAAUGAAUGUUUUAUCUUUAUCAACUUUUGGACUUAGCAGCUGGAAGUAUUAUAGAGAUUUCAAGAUGAGAGACCUGGGCUUAUUUAUAAUUAAAAGUCCAGCAUUAUGCAUCAAAUCAUUCUGGGCAUUAUUGAUGUUUUGGCUACACAAACCGUAUCCGGUGUUUAAUUCGAGGUAGCUCUUGUGGCUUCUCUCAGGGGCACAAUGUCACAGGAAGGAAAGACAUACCAAAUAUAGAUUUUACUAGUAUAAACACAAUCUUCUUAUUGUCUCUUUAAACACAUUAUUGUAUCAGCAAAAUCCAAUAUUGAUCAAUCGUCAAAUUCAUAUGUAUCAACAUAAACCAGCUCCAACGUGUAUAUAUUGAAUAAAACUUAUUUUUAGCUUG